GUGUCUUGACAUUUAUCACAAAAAGGUUGAGGAAACCAGAAAGCACAAAGCUGACUUGUUUAAGUGGCUGGCUGAUACUGAAUCUGAAGUCACCAAUAUUGCUUCUUCUCUUGGGGAUUCUGUGAUGUUCUCACGGGGAAAGGGCACUCUGAAGCAGCAACUAGCCAACAUCAGACCUGCCUUAGAGGAGAGGUCAAAGAAGGACGAGAGGCUCAAGGAAUUUUUAAAAAUAAAGUCCCAAAUUUCUCAGAUAUGUGCUGAAAUAGCAGGCUGUGGACAAUCGAAAGGUGUCACGGAUCAAGAUGUUGAUCAAUGUGAUCUGACAAUGAAGAAAUUGGGGGAACUCAUUUCGCACCUCGAUGAACUUCAAAAUGAAAAGAUGUUGCGCCAUCAGAAAGUGAAGAGUCAUAUCAGUACUAUUAGUGAGCUUUCAGAAGUAAUGUCAAUUGAUUUUUCGAAGACAUUAAAUGAUAUCCACCCAAGCUUGAGUGAUUCAUCAAAUGGUGCAUCGCUAAGCAUUAGCAACGACACUCUUGCUAGCUUAACUGGGGCUAUUCAUUCAUUAAAGCAGGAAAAACAACAAAGGCUACAAAAGAUACAAGAACUUGCUAAAUUCUUGGUAGAGUUAUGGGAUCUUAUGGAGAUGGCAAUUGAUGAGCGAAAGGCCUUUAGCAAUGUUACUAGAUUAAUUUCAGCAUCAGUUGAUGAAGUGUCAAUCCGAGGGUGCCUUUCUGCUGAUGUCAUCAAGCAGGUUGAGGUUGAAGUUCAGCGCUUAAAUGUUUUGAAAGCCAGUAAGAUGAAGGAAUUAGUGUUUAAAAGGCAGAAUGAACUUGAAGUAAUUUACAAAGGAGAUGACAUGGAUGUGGAUAGUGAAUCUGCUAGACAGAUUCCGACUAGCCUCAUAGAAUCUGGUAAUAUUGAUAUGUCUAAAUUGCUUCAAAACAUGGAUGAUCGAAUCAUAAAGGCCAAAGAGCAAGCUCUAAGCAGAAGAGAUAUAUUAGAUAGGGUGGAGAAAUGGAAAUUUGCUGUUGAGGAGGAAAUAUGGUUAGAUGCAUAUGAAAGGGAUGAAAAUCGGUAUAGUGCAGUAAGAGGAGCACACAAUAAUUUGAAGCGUGCAGAGAAAGCACGAAUUCUUGUCAGCGAGAUUCAAUCUAUGGUAUGGAAUUUAACUGCUAAAGUGAAAGCAUGGGAGGCGGAUACAAGAGUUUCUUUCUUAUAUGAAAAGGUUCCAUUGUUGGAUAGCUUGGAUGAUUACAAUGUACAACAGAAGCAAAAAUCUAGGGUAUGACUUACAGUCAGUACUUUCUCAACCUCUGUUGUUCUUCUCUUUAAUCUUCUUAUAUAUCAUCGAACAAAAACUCAAUCUGCAUUUCCCAGCAAGGGUGUGUGUAUUCCUCUUUAAUCAUCAUUGCCAAUAUAGUGACAUAAAUUGAGUUGACUGGGGAUAUAUAUAUAUAUAUAUA